UGCCAAUCGUUAUUGUUCAUCUUCUUUAAUUUGAUCAGUUUGGUUUCGAUCGGGUCACCAAGAAAAGAGAUGGGUCACCCUCCUCCAUUUUUGUGGAAUAUUGAUGAGAAGGGCAAGUUAGUACCGUUCAAGGGGUCUCCACUAUCCUUCUCUAGCGACAUGGACGAUCAGGCCCAAAGUGUAUUCAAAACCUUCAACGAUGGGGUUAAUUCCACGAUGAAAUGGGCAACAAUAUCUUCAGUUGUUUCUGGUGUGGUGAUGACCAUUGCAAUUGUAGCCAUAGUGUAUGCCAUUAUUGAUUGCUUGAGAAAGGCAGGAACUGCAAUUCCUGGUUAUACCAGGGUAGCCACCGAAGACACCGAUAAAGCAACAGAUCCACAUCCAUCAUCCAAUCAUGACAUUGAGAAAGCAGCAACAUCACCUCCUCUCCUCGUCGAGAAUACGACGAUAGAGAGAUUUCUCAGCAACAUGGCAAGAGAGAAGCCCGUCAGGCUCUCACCUGAGCAACUUAAAGAUUUCACUGAAAACUACUCCACCUUCUUAGGUUCAGGUGGUUUUGGUGUAGUCUUCAAGGGGCGAUUCCCAAAUGGAGUGCAAGUGGCUGUCAAAGUGCUUAAUGGCGAUUUGAAUAAGCAAGUUGAAGAGCAGUUCAUGGCGGAAGUUAGCACCAUGGGAAGAACUUACCAUAUCAACCUAGUCAGACUCUAUGGCUUCUGCUUUGACCCCACCAUUAGAGCACUCGUUUACGAGUACAUGGAAAAUGGUUCCCUCGACAAGUUCUUGUUCAGCAACACCCAAGAGAUGGAGUGGGAGAAACUUCCUGAAAUUGCAAUCGGGACGGCAAAAGGAAUUGCUUAUUUGCAUGAGGAAUGUCAACAAAGAAUCACUCACUAUGAUAUAAAGCCAGGAAAUGUGCUUCUUGACAAUAGUUUGAAUCCGAAAGUUGCAGAUUUCGGGCUAGCAAAGCUUUGCAAAAGGGGAAGCAGUGACUUAAUAUUGACAAAAGGCAGAGGGACACCAGGAUAUGCUGCUCCAGAGCUUUGGAAGCCUUAUCCUGUGAAUCACAAAUGUGAUGUUUACAGCUUUGGUAUACUGCUCCUUGAAAUUAUUGGGGGGAGGAGACAUUUUGAUGAUAAUGAAAGUGAGUCACGGCAAUGGCUUCCAAGAUGGACAUGGGACAUGCUUGAGAAUAAUGAAUUAGCAGUUAUGAUGGCGCUUUUCGGGAUUGAAGAGAAGAACAGAGCGAAGGCAGAGAGGAUGGCAAUGGUGGCUCUAUGGUGUCUUCAAUAUUCACCAGAUGAGAGACCUCUCAUGAGUACUGUGGUGAAGAUGUUGGAGGGAAGCAUUGAUGUUGGUCCACCACCUUUUCCUUUUGAACACAUGGUGUCUCCUAGACCAACUAUGAACUUACAUAAUGGAAGCCAUGGGGAUUCUGUUACUUCAUCGUCGUCAAUGGAAAACACUCUUGAGAAAUCCAAAUCCAACCCUAUACAUAAAACCUUAGAGAUUGAACUAGCUACUUAGAUCUGUAGAUCCGGGAGUGAUGAUUGUCUAUCUAUACAUAUAUAGACACUUUCUCCACUACUGUUUGCCUAUAUUGAUAUGAGCUGUAAUUUUUCAAGUAGAUUCAUCCCCACGAAUUAAAUUUAUUCCAAUGCCAUGGUUUAUGUA